GUACAAAUAUAUAUCUGAUGGCUUCAAAGUGUACUUCGUAAAUUUACGAAAAUAUGACGUAAUUUCACUUCUCUUGCAAGUAAUAGCAAUAGUGAAUGUAGGAAUGCCACUGUGGAAUUUCAUUCGUGAUAUAUUUCUUGGAAAAAAUUCGGAUGAACCCAGAAAUAAAGGGUUCUUCGAUGACCAAGAUAGAGCUAACAGAGAUAGUUUUAGAAACCCAAUUUGGCAAAAUGAUGAAGAUGAUGAUGACAUGGAGGACUUUAGGCAUUCCAGGGGAGGUGUUCAUUUCCACAUAUUCAACGAUCCCUUAGAAAUUACAAGACAGUUUGAAUCACAAAUAGAUAAUUUAAUGAAAAGCUUCUUUGGAUUUCACCAUGAAGAAAAUAUGUUCUCACCUGCACUUCCACCACCACAAGAAGGAAAUUUGCGUGAGGAAAUGUUAAAACGUAAUAGUGACGAUUUUAGUGAAGUAACACCAAAGGAGGAUAUAAAUUUGGAUGGCAAGGUAACACCAGACAAUUUUUCUAAUAUAUGGAAUACGUAUAAUGAACCAAAUAGAUUUAAAUCAACAACAGUUUUCAUGACAAGAAAAGAGUUCAUCCAUAAACCAGAUGGCACAAUAGAACAGAAACAAAUAAUUAAAGACAAUGAAGGAAAUGAAGAAACAACCAUAUCACGACAAAUUGGUGACAAAUUACAUACUAUCACAACAAAAAAAGAUAAAAAUGGUGUAGAGACAAAAACAGAGGAAUUAAUUAAUAUUGAUGAAAGUGAAUUGAAAGGAAACAAGUGGUUACUGCCCAAUGAUAACAGUAGUAACAGCCCUAAUAUAAGUUGGAGUUACUUUCCUUGGAAACAAUUUUUUAAACCAGAUCCAAAAUUGUAGUUAAACACAGUGAAAUUAGUAAUUUCCCUAUAGAAAAAUAUUGACAAAUGGCUAAUGGUAUAUAUUAUUUUUUUUUUCUUUUCAUAUAUUAAAAUUAAAUUUUAAAUCUUAGCUAGCCUCUUCUAAAUUUCGUUUAUUAUCUUUAUUAUAUCCGUAUUAUUAUAAAACGUUCCAUAGCUCCAUGUCAAGUUGCUACAUAAAUACCUACAUACUCUUUCCUUUACAAUUUAUUAUGACAAUUUAUUCUAACCCUUUUGGAUACUGUAUGUUAUUGUAGAAAACAAAGCGUAAAAAUAAAAAAAUUGCAAUUUUAACUUAA